CCAGCGUCUGCUCCAGGGCGGGCGGCGCGGGCCCUCCCACUUUCGCCCGCGCCGCCUCACGGCCCCGGCCCUCUCUUCACCCCGACGCCCCGGCGUGCGCGUCCUCCCGCCGGCCUGCAGGCCCGGGGCCUCCGCCUGCCAGCCCGCCGCUGCUCUUCGCGGCCCCGGCUCGCGUUCACGCUGUCGCCCGGGCCGGCGCGGCCGCGGGCAACCGCUCCCCCUCCCACACCUACCCCGUCCCCUCCCCGCCUUUUCCGCCCUCGCGUCCCCCUCCCUCGGCCAGCCGCCGCUGCUCCAGAUGAGGUGAUGGCAACGGCCAACUUCGGCAAGAUCCAGAUCGGGAUUUACGUGGAGAUCAAGCGGAGCGAUGGCCGAAUACAUCAAGCAAUGGUAACAUCUUUAAAUGAAGAUAAUGAAAGUGUAACUGUUGAAUGGAUAGAAAAUGGAGAUACAAAAGGCAAAGAGAUUGACCUGGAGAGCAUCUUUUCACUUAACCCUGACCUUGUACCAGAUGAAGAAAUUGAGCCCAGUCCAGAGACACCUCCACCUCCAGCAUCCUCAGCCAAAGUAAACAAAAUUGUAAAGAAUCGACGGACUGUGGCUUCUAUUAAGAAUGAUCCUCCUCCAAGAGAUAAUAGAGUGGUUGGUUCUGCACGCGCGCGGCCUAGUCAGCUUCCUGAACAGUCUUCCUCUGCACAACAGAAUGGUAGUGUUUCAGAUAUAUCUCCAGUUCAAGCUGCAAAAAAGGAAUUUGGACCCCCUUCACGUAGAAAAUCUAAUUGUGUGAAAGAAGUAGAGAAAUUGCAAGAAAAACGGGAAAAAAGGAGACUACAACAGCAAGAACUUAGAGAAAAAAGAGCCCAGGAUGUUGAUGCUACAAACCCAAAUUAUGAAAUUAUGUGUAUGAUCAGAGACUUUAGAGGAAGUUUGGAUUAUAGACCAUUAACAACAGCAGAUCCUAUUGAUGAACAUAGGAUAUGUGUUUGUGUAAGAAAACGACCACUCAAUAAAAAAGAAACUCAAAUGAAAGAUCUUGAUGUAAUCACAAUCCCUAGUAAAGAUGUUGUGAUGGUACAUGAACCAAAACAAAAAGUAGAUUUAACAAGGUACCUAGAAAACCAAACAUUUCGUUUUGAUUAUGCCUUUGAUGACUCCGCUCCUAAUGAAAUGGUUUACAGGUUUACAGCUAGACCACUAGUGGAAACUAUAUUUGAAAGGGGAAUGGCUACAUGCUUUGCUUAUGGGCAGACUGGAAGUGGAAAGACUCAUACAAUGGGAGGUGACUUUUCAGGAAAGAACCAAGACUGUUCUAAAGGAAUUUAUGCAUUAGCAGCUCGAGACGUUUUUUUAAUGCUAAAGAAGCCAAACUAUAAGAAGUUAGAACUUCAAGUGUAUGCAACCUUUUUUGAAAUUUAUAGUGGUAAGGUUUUUGACUUGCUAAACAGGAAAACAAAAUUAAGAGUGCUCGAAGAUGGAAAACAGCAGGUUCAAGUGGUGGGAUUACAGGAACGGGAGGUCAAAUGUGUUGAAGAUGUACUGAAACUCAUUGACAUAGGCAACAGUUGCAGAACAUCCGGUCAAACAUCUGCAAAUGCACAUUCAUCUCGGAGCCAUGCAGUGUUUCAGAUUAUUCUUAGAAGGAAAGGAAAACUACAUGGCAAAUUUUCUCUCAUCGAUUUGGCUGGAAAUGAAAGAGGAGCUGAUACUUCCAGUGCAGACAGGCAAACUAGGCUUGAAGGUGCUGAAAUUAAUAAAAGCCUUUUAGCACUCAAGGAGUGCAUCAGAGCCUUAGGUAGAAAUAAACCUCAUACUCCUUUCCGAGCAAGUAAACUCACUCAGGUGUUAAGAGAUUCAUUCAUAGGUGAAAACUCUCGUACCUGCAUGAUUGCCACAAUCUCUCCAGGCAUGGCAUCCUGUGAAAAUACUCUCAAUACAUUAAGAUAUGCAAAUAGAGUAAAGGAGUUUGGAAUUAGUCCAUCAGACAUUCCCUUCUCACAGGGUAGUGGCAGUCGCCCUGAUCUCUCUCCUUCUUAUGAGUAUGACGACUUUUCUCCUUCAAUUACCAGGGUGAAAGAAUUGACUGUGGAUCCAACUGCCGCUGGUGAUGUCCGUCCAAUAAUGCACCAUCCACCAAAUCAGAUUGAUGAUUUAGAGGCACAGUGGGGUGUGGGGAGUUCCCCUCAGAGGGAUGAUCUAAAACUUCUUUGUGAACAAAAUGAAGAAGAGGUUUCUCCACAAUUGUUUACUUUCCACGAAGCUGUCUCACAAAUGGUAGAAAUGGAAGAACAAGUUGUAGAAGAUCACAGGGCAGUCUUCCAGGAAUCUAUUCGAUGGUUAGAAGAUGAAAAGGCUCUCCUAGAGAUGACUGAAGAAGUAGACUAUGAUGUAGAUUCAUAUGCUACACAACUUGAAGCUAUUCUUGAGCAAAAAAUAGACAUUUUAACUGAGCUGCGGGAUAAAGUGAAGUCUUUUCGUGCAGCUCUACAAGAGGAAGAACAGGCCAGCAAGCAAAUCAACCCGAAGAGACCCCGUGCCCUUUAAAUCAGCACUUGCUGCUAAAGGAUUCCCAGAACCCUCGCUACUGUAACAUACAAUGGUUCAGCUGUAAGGGCCAUUCGAAAGUUUGAAAUUUUAAGUGUCUGUGGAAAAUGUCUUGUCCCUUCAACCUGAAUGACAUUUCAAUUUUGUGAAACACUCCUUUGUCUACAAGAUGCUUCUAGUCCAGGAGGCACAACCAAGGUUUGGGAAUAGUGAAGCAUUUUGUUUCAUUUACCCACAUAGUGAUUUACUUUUGAAGAUCCUUGCCAAUUUUAUUUUCUGUACGAUGAAGUAAGAUUGUGGACUUGAUCCAGAGGUGAAUAGUAGGGGGAAGCCACAGCAUUUCCUUUUAACUCAGUUCAAUUUUCAUAGCAAGACUGAGCAGUUUUAAAUCCUUUGCGUGCAUGCAUACCUCAUCAGUGAUUGUACAUACCUUGCCCACUUCUAGAAACAGCUGUGCUCACCUCUUCCUGCUUUGUGCCUUGACUAAGGCUACUGACCCUAAAUUUCUGAAGCACAGCCAAGAUAAAUUACAUUCCUUAUUUGUCAUUGUAAAUUACCUUUAUUGUGUGUACAUUUUUACUGUAAUUGAGACAUUUUUUGUGUGUGACUAGAUUUGCAGGAUGUGCCAUAUCAAUGAAUGGAACUAAAGUCUGUGACAGUGGACAUAGCUGCUGGACCAUUCCAUCUUAUAUGUAAAAAAAUCUGGAAUUAUGAUUUUAAAACCAUAUAACAUGUGGUUAUAAUUUUCUUAGCAUUUUCUUUGUAAAGAACUAAAAUAUAAACUAGUUGGUGUAUAAUAAAAAGUAAUGAAAUUCUGAAAAGAGUUUUAUCUUAGGAUAAUACAUAUAUAUGCAGUGUGUGUUCCAGUGUGGUAUUAACAAGACUAAUAGUGCAAUUUGAUCUUUACCAAUACCAUUACUUAAGUUGAAGUGUCCAUUAGCACCCCAAAAUGAACCUUUUAAAUGGUACUGUUAAAGGAAAUUGGCUUCUGAUGCAUGAAUAUGUACAUGUACAUUGAAAGUAGUCCAUAAUAGAACUGUUCGUUUAAGCCAAGAAUAGACAGUACAUAAGUCGCUUGAAAAAGAAUUUAAGCUAAGAAAGAGAUGACUUUGCCUUGAAAGGCACAUCUGACCCAAGCUCCACCCAUUACCUAAUGUAUGAUGUUUCACCAUUAUUUGAUGAGAAUCACUAAAUUCUCACCAAUCAGUUCAUCUAGGGCAUGCUGCUUUUUAAAUGGUGGCACUUAUUUUUACAGAUUGCUAUUCCAAGGAAGAAAACUGGCCACUUUUCAUGUAAAUAUUUUGUUAGAUUUAUAUAUCUCUCUAGGAGUUUUCCCUCAGUUCCCAGGAUAGUGUCUAGGAGUACGUUAACAACAAAAAAGUCUCCCAAGGGUGUCUCGUUUUGAUUUACUCUAGGGAACUACCAGCUCAUUCAUAUGAGCUAAUGGGAAGCUAUGAAUAGAGUCACAUGAGCCAGAUUCCCUACUUCACUGUCCACAGAACACAGAAGGCCGCCGUGGGAAAUCCUAACACCAUGGUGAAAAGCUCCUCUGUAAACUUGAAAUCUAGAACAAGUGUAGAUUUUCAGUGUGCUUAUUAUUAAAUCUAUGGAAU